AAAUAGAAAAUAAUAAUGGUGGUUGGUCCUUCUUCUUCCUUAAGCUCCAUGAAAAUCAAAACUCUAAUCCACAACCUUCUGUAUGCUCAGGUUUGUCGUCUAUUCCGAGCGUUUUCGAAAGCAAAGUCUACUUUCCUUCAAAUUUAUGAACAAAACAAGCCUAUACGAUACUUGAUUUCCAGCUCAAGGACCACAAAGCACAAGCACAAGAAGCUCUUCUUUGGUUCAUUUAGGCUACACUACAACUGGUGUUCUUCCCAUGUUACACCGGUUCCGGCUCCGGUACUCGAAGGCUGCACGGCAACUCAUUCGUACUACGGUUCAGUGAUUCCAGCUGGUGAGCAAUGUGAGGAGGAUACAGUGGAGUCUGAGCUCUCAGGUUACCUUCAAUGGCUAGAAGAAAAGAAGGGUAAUGGGAAUUGUACGGCCGAGACGGAUCUCAAUGAGAUUGAUAAGCUAGCAGAAAUGUUUAUAGCCGAUUGUCAUGAAAAGUUUAGGUUGGAGAAGCAAGAGUCUUACAGGAGAUUCCAGGAAAUGAUGGCUAGAAGCAUGUGAAGGUUUUUUCUCUUUAUUAUUACUUCAUAAUCUUUCUUUGUAUGCGAUUUUCUUUCCACUUCCGAGAUCACGUAUAAUUAGUGGGAAUAAUCUUAACAAAUUCAGUGAAAAUUUCCCAGAUUUUUAUAUCUCUUUCUUUGAGACGGCUGGAAGAUGAAAGGUCGAUUCUAUAGUUAUGGCCAAAAGAAAUAUACUAUUAUGAUGGAGAGAUAAGUGUAAUGCAUAUCCACUUUCUUUAAUAUAUUAGGUUAAUUUGGGAUCAGUAACUUCAACGCUUGUUAAAGUUAUUGUGUUGUUGCACUUCCACCAAUGUAAUUAAGCCAGCUUUUUCAAGCCAACAAACACACACACACACACACAAUAUAGAUUGGCCAACCUGUGUAAGAACCGUGAACAUCCCAAGCAGGUCAUUUCGGUGGUCCAAUUAUUGCUUCACCUGGAAGGGUACAAUAUUCAUGAUUUCCUGGUCACCAAACUAGGUUUGGUCCGACAAUAUCGCACGCCGUCUCGUAAUUUGUGCUAAUCAUUUUGUUUAUCUAGAACUGUUCCAGCGAGCCACAUGUAAAUCCUCAUAUUACAUUUGUUGACGAGGAAAUUGAAGUUGCGAUGGAGAAAGCCCAUUUUCCUAAAGAAUGACACAUUAUUCAAUCUUUCCAGUGACCGUAUGCCGUAUAAUGUUCCAUGUUCUAAUUCCUUUAUCCCUAAUUUUUACGAGGUCAAAGCAAAUCGGAGGAUCCUCUUGAUCUUUUCAAAACAAUAAUAUGAAGCACCCCCCAAAGAAAGGCAAAGUAAAGGAGAACAUUUUUGUUUUGAACCUACCCCAAUUCAUAAAAAUGGAAUGAUGAUGUUGAUGAAUCUCAUAUAUGAUCAAAGGAACAUGUACAUGGUCAUGGCAUGAAGCUGGUGACAUAAGGUAUCAUUGACAUAGUCAAA